ACUCAAAUAGAGAGAAAAAUCCAAUACUAAAACCUCCUACUCACACUCCCCACCCACAGAAAGAACAGAAAACUCCAACUUUAAGCUUAAAAGAAAGGCAUUGGAAGGACUUUGAAUCAUCAAAGACUAUAAUUUCUCUUCAUUUUCACCUCUUUUUGUGUCUAUCUCUUUGUUCUUUUCUUCUCUUUUGUAGGUUUCUUUUUUCCCGUCUUAACUCUUGAAAUCAAUAUAUUGUUUGUUAUUUUUACCAAAGAAAAAGUCAUCCUUCAAGAUUCGGCAACCAUAAUAUGCUCUUGUUAAUUCCCCUUGUUUCCACCAUUCUUUUUUCUUCCUUUUCUCACUGACCAAAACAAACAUUUCAUAUCCCUUUCAUUUUCAACACACAAAGGGCAUAUUCUUAGAAUCCCCCAUUUUUCUCUAUGCAAUCAACUUUUUCUUCUUUUAUUUAUUUAUUCAAUUCUGAUUAUAAAUCUGUUUGAUUUCACUCUAUAAUUAUGUGAAUUUGAAACUUUUUACUGAACCAAUUAUGAAGUUUUGGAAGAUCCUUUGCAAUUUGAUUGAAUCUACUUUGCCAGAGUGGAGAGAUGAAUACAUUUCUUAUAAGGAAUUGAAGAAGGAAUUGAAAAUGAUGUACCCUGAUGAUGAAGAAGAUGGUGGAAGAAACCCUAAGCGCUUAAAGUUAGAUGGAGAAGCUUCCAUGGAAACCUUUCUCAAAUUGCUUGAGGAAGAAUUGGAUAAGUUCAAUCAAUUCUUUGAAGGCAAAGAAGAGUAUUAUGUUAUUAAGUGGAGGUUGUUGCAGGAGAAGGUCGCAAAGGUCGGAGAUUCGAAUGAAAUGCUGAUGAAAGUAGGGAGAGACAUUGUGGAUUUCCAUGGAGAGAUGGUUUUGUUAGAGAAUUAUAGUGCUUUGAAUUACACAGGACUGGCCAAGAUUCUAAAGAAGUACGACAAGCGAAGCGGCGAGCUCAUCCGCAUGCCAUUCAUCAAGAAGGUGUUACGCCAACCAUUCUACUCAACCGAAGUGCUCGACCAGCUAUUGAAAGAAUGUGAGAUUAUGCUUGAUCUUCUCUUCUUCAAGAAAGACAUGUCCUGUGCUGCUGCUCAAAUGGUUAAUGACGACGAAAGGGGUUGCUCCGAGGCGAAGACAACUGCGACGGACAGUAAAGAAAAGUUGCUGAACAUUCCCGACGAUCUCGCGGAGAUCGAAUACAUGGAGAGUAUGUACAUGAAGUUAACGUUAUCGGCCCUGAAUGUUCUGAAGGAGAUUAGGGGUGGAAGCUCAACAAUUGAUGUCUUCUCAUGGCUUUGAUCGACAUCAAAGGGAGAUGAAAAUAUGAGCCAUUUAUGCUUCACAAGUACUGCAAAAUUGAAUCCAAAUUGUCGUUUGUGAUAUACAGAAGUGAAAACUAUAUGUUGUUAUGCUUGUAAUCUACUUUUAAUUCAUUGUUCUCUUUACUAUAGUUUUGUUCCAAGUGAAUGAACUCCAUUUUCAUUAUGUGCAUGUAUA